AUGUCUCCAGAUAUACCUGCGAAUGUUCGUGCAAUUGUUACAGACGACCCUGUAGCACCCAUACAGGAACUGGAUACACGCGCUUUAGACCGAUAUCUUGAAAAAGAGAAAGAAGGCUACGUGGAUUCUCCUAUAAAGGAUAAUGGAAUCGUUUUCCAAACACUUAGUACCAUGCCAAAAUGGAAAUCUGAUUAUCAACAGAAGCAAAAAUCUGUGUUUUCGAUAUUCCCGCGAUCAAGACAAUAUGAAUUAUGGUACACUCGUGAAAGACGAUUGAAAUAUCUUGAAAAACAGAAAGCAGCCAUUGUACCAUGCGGAAAAAGAAACAGUACUACCAACAGGACGGAUGACGAGCCGUGUGAUUUGUUACAACCACCAAUUUGGUGGAAAGAUAAAUCCAGAAAAUCAAGCAAGUUUCCAGUUGGAGAUAUAAACGACUAUGCGUUCGAGAAAUUAAAAGAUUUCGAUCAUGAAAAUAUGAAACUUAGCGAAAAGCUCGAUAUGGAUCAUCCAAAAAUAUAUAUACCAGACGUAAUCCAUCAAAUACAGGUUACUAUUUAUACAGGUUACUAUCUCUACAGACUAUCGUCUAUAUUAAUGUUAUUAUCUAUACAUCCAAGGUCUUCUUUGUUGGAAAUGAAUUUUCAAAUUUUCAAGUUUUCAAAUAUUCAAAUAUUCAAAUAUUCAAAUCUCUUUUGUUUUGAACAGAAUCCAGAAGACACGACUAUGAAGGACACUCUUGAUCGUACAGAUGCUUUUGAACUCGCUCUAGUAAGAAACGAAACUUUGCCAGCGAGACCUGUUGACAUAAAUGUUUGUUAUUCUGAAAGACCGCCGAUACUGGGUUGUUGUGAAACAGAAAAGGAUGUAGAAGGUGAUAGUGACAGACGAUGGCAACCUGUUCAUGAAACUUUAGAACUUCCAAAAACGGAGUUUGAAAGAGACCAUGUACUACGAGAAUUAACUAGGCCGUUUUUACACAAUUUGCAUACGUGGUACUCAAAGAAUAAACCGACAAAGUUAAUCAUCCCCCUUAGACAUUCUGGAAAGAGACCAAUGCCGGAGUGGCGCUUUUCUCAUUUGUAA